CCUCAUAAAUAACAUAACCUUAAAUUAGAAGUCGAAAGAGGAUUCGCAAGAAAUUUUUAUAAUAAUAGUUUUGAUAUUUUUUUACAUUGUUUUCUACAGAAGAUAUCCCUAACAAAUACUGAAAUAAUUCAACAUGGUGACAGCAAUAGGAUUUGAGGGAAGUGCAAAUAAAUUGGGUGUAGGUAUAAUAAAAGAUGGUAAAGUGCUAGCUAACUGUAGAACAACCUACAUCACACCACCAGGUGAAGGGUUUUUGCCCAAAGAAACGGCUCAACACCACAGGGAGAAAGUUAUGUCGAUAUUAAAGCAGUCUUUAACAGAAUCGGGUUUACAACCGGAUGAAAUAGAUGUAGUUUGCUAUACAAAAGGUCCCGGAAUGGGUGCCCCAUUAGCUACGGUUGCAGUUGUUGCGAGAACUGUAGCUCAGUUAUGGAAUAAACCUAUUUUAGGGGUUAAUCACUGUAUUGGCCAUAUUGAAAUGGGAAGGCUCAUCACGGGAGCAAAAAAUCCCACUGUAUUGUACGUCAGUGGAGGCAACACGCAGAUAAUAGCAUACGCCCGAAAACGCUACAGAAUUUUUGGCGAAACCAUAGAUAUUGCAGUCGGCAACUGCUUAGAUAGAUUCGCUAGAGUACUGAAGAUUUCCAAUGACCCCAGUCCUGGGUAUAACGUAGAGCAGCUAGCCAAGAAAGGCUCCAAAUAUGUACAACUUCCGUAUUGCGUGAAAGGGAUGGACGUAAGUUUUUCCGGUAUCUUAACGUUUAUGGAAGAACGAACUAAUAAUCUGUUAAAAUCGGGAUAUACGCCGGAAGACUUGUGUUUCUCGUUACAAGAGAUCAUUUUCGCUAUGCUAGUGGAGACCACGGAGAGGGCGUUGGCACACUGCAAUUCCACGGAAGUGUUAAUAGUCGGAGGGGUCGGGUGUAACCUUCGAUUACAGGAAAUGAUGGGUCAGAUGUGUAAGGAGAGAGGGGCAAAGUUGUUUGCCACCGACGAAAGGUUCUGUAUUGAUAACGGAAUCAUGAUAGCUCACGCCGGAGCCGAGAUGUUUAAGGCGGGGGUGCGGAUGCAGUGGGAAGACUCCUUUAUAACCCAACGGUAUAGAACUGAUGAAGUGGAAACUGUAUGGAGGACAGAUUAAAAAUAAUUAUGUACAUAUUUUGUAAUUUAUAAUUAAUAUAAUUCAUUCGAAUA